UUCUCCCUCUACCCAUCUUCAUAAUCAUUCUCUUUUUCUUCUCUUAUUACUUCUUUACAUUUUUUUUUUUGUUAAUCCCUUUAAUUUAAUUAUCGGUGACCAAUUUAAUACAUCAGAAAAAUAGGUUUUUCAUCCAUUUCCAUUUUCUCCCCGUUCCUAAAGAACCCAUGUGUAGAAUCUUCGACAGUGGGUCGUACGGGAGAGUAUCCUGCAUCCCUUGGUUUCCCACCUGAAGUAAUCACUUCUUGAAUGAAAUCCGUUUUCACUUGAAAACUUCUAUCCCGGCCAACCCAGAAUACCAAAGAAGACAACCCAAGAAAACAUGGACGCAUAUCAGCAAUCUCACAGGUACAUGAGGCUACCACCGCCGGCGCCACAGUCGACGUCGGAUCCCCAUCAGCCGUAUCAACAGCAGCAACAGCCGCAUGCGAGGCCGCCGGUGCCUCCACCGCCGGGCCCCUCAUGGUACUCCAACCAGUUUCAGUAUCCUCACCACUCUCCUUCACCGCCGCCACCUCCCCACCACCAUUGGGGUCCACCUCCUCCCUCCGACCAUCUCCCUCAGUCCCAUUCCUCUGCUUAUCCUCCACCCCCUCCUCUCCCUUAUCCUCCACACUCGCACCAACCCCCUUUCCACGCCAACGCUGCCACUGCCAAUUCCCCGUUUCCUCCGCCUCCUCGUCCCUCCUUCCCGCCUCAUUCUCAGCUUCCCCAGCCUUACCCUCAGGAAUGGGGCAAUCCAAAUUGGGGCCAUCACCCAGGUUGGGAGUAUCCAGUUCAGAACAACGUAGAAGAUUGGGGUGCCAGAGCUAGAGAAUGGGCAGCUGCUAAAGCUACUAUGGAGGAUCAGCAUGCACAAUCUCAAUUCAAACCAGUUGGCAGACCAGAAGAACAAAAUCGCAUUCAUGAUCAGUUUCUGCAGUCUUUUGAUCCUCAUUAUCUAGAAGUUCCACAACAAUCACUUCCAGCAUCAGGCUAUCAACAAUUUCCGAUUCCAGCUGCAACUCAACCUAGGCAACCAAUAGUUUAUCCACAGGAUGCUACACCUGUCAGCUCUGGACCAUCUUAUGUUCCUGAUGGGCAUAUAUCAUACUCUGUGGGAGAUGGAAGUUUGGCUGGAGGAUCCAGAGCUGGAUUUUCCCAUCAAGAAGGCUUAUCUGCCAGUUCAUCUGUUCAUCAGCAGGAGGUACCUUCUAGUUAUUCUUCUGUUCCAGGUAAGGAAGAAAUUGCAAAUCAAGAGGAGCAAUCAUACAACUCAUUAUCUUUGCCCAUUUCCUCAGAUCAGGAUGGGCAGCAUCCAAAGCAGCCAUCAUUGCCUGCAGCUGGUAGAUCAGUUUUGGUUGAGCCAUCCUACAUAUACAGCAAUCAUUCAGCUGAUACCACAGCUAAUCUGAGUGAUCAGCCUUUAGAUUUUGCUCCUAGGUAUAAUCCUAAUUGUGAUCCACAUGUGCAAUCAAGUUAUGCUGCUCAUAAUGAGCCAAUGGGAACUGUUAGAGGAAUUGACCCUGUUGCAUCAGUGCCUUCAAUUAGCCCUUGGACUCCUCCUGCACCUGGUGUAGUUUAUCCUCCAAUUCCUUCCUCUAUCCCAUCAGUACCACAGCAUGACUCAUCUAUUAUCGUACCUCCUGUUUCUGGACAUGCUGCACCACCAUUUGGAAGGUUGCCUGGUCAAACUUUCCAGCCUACAAUUCCAUCUACUGGAACACCUUUUGGUCUAACUGGAGGACAUGCACUUCAUCCGACUACAGCCUUUCCAGGUGACUCAUAUGGUGUUUCUGAUCGUCCAAAAAAGGCUUCUGUGCCUAAUUGGCUUAAAGAGGAAAUAAUUAAGAACAAAGCUGCAAUUACUAAAUCGUCUUUAGAGCAUUCUAGAGAGCAAGCACAAUCCAUUGAUGAUGAAGGUGUUGAUAAAUCUUUUACAAAGGGAGAUCAAGCAGAUAGCAAAAGUGUUGAUUCUUCUAGGUCGACUGAGGAAGAGGAUGAUGAUGAUGAGGAUUAUGUGGAAGCGGCUAGAACUGCAGCAAUUAACCAGGAAAUAAAACGUAUUCUAACUGAAGUUCUUUUAAAGGUUACAGAUGAACUAUUUGAUGAAAUUGCCACAAAGGUCCUUAGUGAAGAAGAUAAGAUGGUUGAAGUUGCAUCAAAUCAUACAGCAACAUCUCCCCCUGCAAAUGUGCCCACUCAAAAGGCGGCUGCCAAGAUUUUCGGUCCAAUUAUACUGAAGGAAUCUGAAAUUGAAGGUGCCACUGAAAAGUCUAAUUCUAGCUCUCCUGGAGAUGUACUGGGUCUUGCAAAUUAUGCCUCUGAUGAUGACGUUGAUGAUGGAGAUGAGGAGAUCCAGAGUUCCACUGUGACAAAUUCCAAGAACAGUGCUCCUCUUCAGCGGUCAAAAGUUGAUAAGAUUUUUAAAUAUGCUUCUGAAAAUGGAGGUUCAAAGUCCGAAAUUGAGCAUGGUAAUGCACAGAGAGUUAUGGAUGCUGAUUUGACCAGAAACAGUGUAUCAGAGCCCACUAGUAAAAAAUCAAGUGACCAUGUCUCUUCUUCCAAGGUGGCUUUUGGGGACAAAGGUGAUGAAGAUAAUGGUGAUAGUGGAAAAGUACUUGAUAGAAAUAAUGGCUGUGGAUCAAAUGAUAUUAUCAGGGAGAAACACCUAAUGGAAGCUGAACUCUCUGGCAGAAGUGCUGGUGGGGAAAAGCCGACAAUAGAAGAUUCUCAAGGUAAGGAAAGUAAAGUGAAACUGGACAAAAGGGAUCAACAUGAAAGUAUGAAGAGUUCUAGGAAAGACUUUGAGAAGGAGGUAGAUAUCAGUAGGAGUCGAGCAGAAGAAAGUCAUAGAAAGCAUGACGAAAGGCACCCACGAAAGGAGAAGACUGAUGAUCGGAAUGGUUCUAAAGACAUAAUGAAAGGUCAAGGUACUAAAUCUAGUGAGAAGGCUAAGGAGUCUGAAUCUAGCAAAAAGGCCAGUCAUCAUCUUGAUAUUAAGAAGGAUGACAAAGGCAGAGAGAAGGUCCAUAGGACUGGUUCUAGAGAAGAUGCUGAUAGAAAAAGAGAAGGAACAAAGGAGCGAAGUAGAUCAAGAAAUAAAGUUGCAAGUGACUCUGGCAGGCACAAGAGAAGACGCUCUUCUUCAAUUAGCAGCAGCAGGGGAAGAACCAGCAAGGACAAUUCUGUCAGUCAUGCCACUGGCUCUAGUGAUGAAGCAUCUGAUGAUUCCAAAAGGAAGCCGUAUUCAAGAAAACGGAACUUAUCGCCGUCUCCUGUCAGAUCUAGGAGAAGACAAGUUUCGCGGUCACCUCAUAGCAAGCAUUCUCAGCGCAGGCAUUCUCCCUAUUCUUCUCUUGAGACCAUCAGGGAAAGGAGAUCAAGAUCCAGAUCACCUAGUCGUGCAUAUUGGAAGAUCAUAACUCGAAAUUUGGAGGCUGGAAAACUCAACACAGGGAUGCGUGGCCCAUGGUCUCGCCGUCUUGGUGGUGGUGAUGGUAUUGCAGAGCUUGUCAGUUUGUUACUUUUCCAUUUUCAUCUUCCUUUCCGUUUGUUUUCAGUUAAAGCUUCACUUCCUUUUGUCGUGACCUACUCUUUUUUCCUCCAUAAAAAUAAAAACCCAACUAAGCCAAUUCUAUUUCAUUCUGCAAUGACUAAGAAUUUACAGGCAAUUCAAGUUGUUCUAUGGUCGGUAUGGCUAUCUGGUUUUCUCUUGAUUGGUCUCUCCUUAUACGCUACGCAGAUUAAAGACCACAUCAACAACCCCAAGUUCAAUCACAAUAUGGAUACUUCAAAGAUCACCAUAUUCACCGGACCCAGUCCUUUUACGGGCUCUGUCGGGGCUAGGCAGAGUCUAGCAAUUCGUUCAUGGCUCGCUUUGUCGUCGCAGGUAACAGUUGUUCUAUUCAGCCGACACCCUUCUGUUGUUUCUUUCGCUGAGGCCUAUGGUUCACGAGUUUUGGUCGAUCCAAAUAUUGAUUUCACGUUCCUGGGGACUCCAUUCUUCCAUUCAAUGGUAGCAAGAUCACAGGAAUUCAUGUCAGACAUAUCUGUUUUAAUUAAUCCUGAAACCAUUGUACUGCCAGACCUCAUUUCUACUCUCGGUUAUACUCGCCAACUCAAUCGUGAUUGGCUUCUUUUUGCUUUAUCGCAAAAUCUAUCUGACUUCCCAUUCUAUUUGGAUGAGAGCAGCCAGCAAUGGCUUAAUAUGGAUGGUGAAAAGAUGAAUAUCCAGCAGUUGCAGGAAAUGCUCAAUGAAACUUGGCAACGGAGUUGUUGCGAAGGGAGAAUGCUUAUGGCAUGGAACAGUGCAGAUCUACCCUUACAUAAUGGCGUCCUUCCUCCCUUCUUGUUUCAGAAGGGACUUCACUAUCAAUGGAUCAUCAAUGAGGCUUUGUCAUGUGAUAAAAGGUUUGUGUUUGAUGCCAGUAGGACGGUCUCCAGUUUCUUUCUAAAUGUCCAUGACCAUCAGUCUAGCUGGUCAUUCAGAGGUCCCAAUGCUUCUCUUUUUGAAAGGAGAAGCUGGGAGUAUGUUGGCAAUUCCCACUUAGCAGCAUUAUAUGGAUCCUUGUUUUUCCAUGAAAACAAAUUUUCUAGCCUAGUGAGGCUUACAAAAUGUGGUGAAAACUACUUAUUUGGCAACACUACUGAAAAUGUUCAUCACUAUAUUUACCAGAAGUUCAGUUCAAGGAAGAAAAGAAUCUUGAACUCUUGGAGAUUUAAGAAACAUUUGGCUUGUAUUGAUGAUGCUAAAACGGUAAACAGGAUAUCAGAUUGCUUCAUUGAAGAUAAGUUAAAGCCAUUUACACCAUUGAAUUUCCCCCUUCCCUUAGAGUCACUUCUACCACUAGUUGCGGAUAAGAAUAGGACAAUUGUGCUUGCAGUUGCUGGAUAUAGUUACAAGGAUAUGUUGAUGAGUUGGGCGUGCAGAUUACGUCAGCUUGCUGUCACAAAUUAUGUGAUCUGUGCUCUUGAUGAAGAAACUUAUCAGUUCUCUAUCUUACAGGGCCUUCCUGUUUUCAGGGAUCCAUUAUCUCCAAGUAAUAUUAGCUUCAACGACUGCCACUUUGGUACCAAAUGCUUUCAGAGGGUUACCAAAGUUAAAUCCAGGAUAGUUUUGAAAAUAUUGAAGCUGGGUUACAAUGUACUUUUAAGUGAUGUCGAUGUAUAUUGGUUCAGAAAUCCGUUAUCAUUUCUAUGUUCUUUUGGUCCUGCUGUUCUAGCAGCACAGUCUGAUGAAUACAACCAAACAGGACCUAUAAACUUACCUAGGCGCUUGAAUUCUGGCUUCUACUUUGCUCGUUCCAAUAGCCCGACAAUUUUAUCUAUGGAGAAGGUGGUAAAGCAUGCAGCAUCUUCUGGCCUGUCUGAGCAGCCAAGCUUCUAUGACACACUAUGUGGAGAAGGUGGGUCCCAACGGGUGGGUGAUAAUAAAUGCGUAGAACAGGAAACAAAUCUGACUGUUCAUUUCUUAGACAGAAACCUGUUCCCAAAUGGUGCAUACCUGGGCCUAUGGCAGAAAAAUAAUGUAAAAGCAGCCUGUGUAAAGAAGGGUUGUUUUGUCCUUCACAACAAUUGGAUUAGCGGAAGGGUGAAGAAACUAGAACGUCAGGUGUCAUCAGGUCUAUGGGACUAUGAUAUUAGUACAAGGAUGUGCCUGCAGAGGUAGCCCUCCUGACGUAAUAUUUCUAGGACUUAGUCAUUUUGUUUUUAUCCUGGAAGAGAUGGAGAUCUUUCCACACAUUUAUGGCUAAGCUAUGCUUUGGUUUCAUCACCGCUCGCUGUAAUGGAAGUAUCAGAUUGGCUAGUGCCGGCCAUUAAAGACAAAAGAAUAUUAGAUAAUAUAGCAGAAUACACCAAAGUAUAAUGUCUUGGUAAUCUCUGCUAGUGAGUAUGAUGAGACGGUGGGAUCAGACAACUUUUGAAAGCCACCUGCUUAGCUGAUGGGGUGCAUUCAAUUCUCAGGGGCAAACAGGCAUGUCGACAGGCAAUCGAAAAAAAAUAAAGAACUAGGAGGAGCCCCCAUAUCUGUGGAUAUGACCCUGCUAUCGAAAAAUUUGUUUGUCAGGGUAGUUCAUCCAGGUGGGGAAGAAGAGUCGUAUCAAACUGCAAUUCCUGCAUCUCAGAUGAUGGACAGGUACACGGGGAUGUGUGUUGCACGACCAGAAGUUUUCAAAAAUCCUCAUGAUUCCCUUUUACAGCCAGAAGAGAAACUGUUGCCCGGUCAGAAAUAUCUCUUGAUUCCAUUAACUACAGUCCAGAAACUCACGCGUAGACACCAAGAGACAGUUGAAGUCAAUGAAGCUACUGAAGAUACAUCAGAUGCUAGGAUCACUUGGGACGUCAGUAGUGAAAAUUUGGAGGAAUCAGUUUAUUCUGCAAAAGACUUCUAUGUCUCCAGAGAAAAGAGCUCAAGACUCUUGACAAGAAGAAAUGGAAGAAUAAAGAAACCCUUUGUACCACCCCUUCCGAAGGUAAGAGCUUGUCACACUUUGGGAUGGGAGCCCAAUCUAACUUCCAUUCAAGAAAUUUCUCCAUGAUUUGUCUCUCUCUCUCUAAAGGCUCUCACCACAAGGUGUCGUGGCAUGCUUAUCAGCAAGAAGUUGAAUUGCUCAUGCAUCAUGUUGACUGCAUGUGAAGUUUGAAAGCGAAAUAUUUGAAUAAACUGGAACUGUGCCAUAAAUAUUUGUUUUAUAUUCUAUGGUGCUACUUCCGCAUUGGUGAAACCUCCUGUUUCUAAAGAGGGUGCUUAAACUACUUUUGAUUUGGAGACUCCCAAAGUCAUCUGUGUAUCUUGUAAGUAUCAUAUCAUCAUGUUUGUUUUAAGGUCAUUGUAGUGAUCUUCGUCUUAGCUGAGUUUGGGAAAGAAGGGAUGAUGUAUUCUGAAACCACUCCGAGAGUUGGUGAUUGAAUAGCCAUAGAAAUAGAAUCAGAUCCUUGGUCUAUGUAAGAUUUCAAGUUAUGUAUUUCAAAAAAAAAAAAAAAA